AUGUGUUUUCAGCGGCUCGGCCUUCCCUCCCAGCAUCCGGUCCUGCAGCUGGAGCUGCUCGUUGCAGGGAUUACGGAGGUGGAGACGGAGGAAAGGAAAGCAAAAGAGAGGGGGAGGCAGGGGGAAAGAAAGGCCUUGACGGACGAAUGGAAAGAGAGACCUCAUCCAUCGCUCUACGCUCCACCUGGUGAAGAUGUAGUCUGUUUGAUCUCCCUGGAGAUGACUCCAAACACAGUCUCCUCUGCCUCGUUGCCAUGGUCACUGUGGUUGAUGCUCUUUCUCACCCCCGUCACCCAGACAGGGAGCUCAGCACGCGCAUCUGAAACAUCUGUGGCGGCCAACACCACGCUGUUGUUUGACAGCGGCCACAACCUGCGGAACUGCAGCUGCUCCACGCCCAUCCAGGACUGUAACGAGGCUCUGGCCAACUCGUUGUGCAGAUGCCACACUGUUUUGCGCUCCUCUGUGCCCCCUGCUGGGCUCAGGGAGCCUGGACGACUCGCCGUGUGGGUGAAGGAGCUCUGGGUCUUGGAGGAGCUGCUGAACAGAAGCAUGGUUGGCCAUUUGCGGUUGUCUUUUUGUGGAAUAAGACCAAUGAACAGUGAGUACCUGGCUCUGCUAGGCCUGCGGACCCUCAGGAUCCACAGCGCGGCACCAGAAGCUCCCUACCGCAACCAGGAAAUUACGGUCUCCCCCACAGCGGGGGCUGCGGCGGAGAUGCAGGCCUUGUCCUUUGACUUGUCCUCCCCCUCCUUCCACGUGACCUUUGUGGAUGUCGCCCUGCUGAGCGGGCUCUCUGCCCUGAAGGCGUACACGGUGGUGGGACCACCUGCCCACACCCUGUCCCAGCACUUCCCUCACUUGGCUUUGUCGUCUGCAGCUCCUGGUGACCGCAGUGAGCAGGCUGCACAGCCUCUGAAGAACCUGCUAAUCACAUUUGUCUACUGACUUGUCACUGAAGGCGGCGCUCGGGUCUACAGUGACAAUGAUGUGAUUAUACACAACACAGCUGGAUGUUUGGUCUCUUUUGUUGCGAAGGAAAAGUUGCACAUCUGACAGUUUCUCUGUGGAGUACGUUAAAGUUUUUCUAAUGCUGGCUGCUGUAGCCGUCAGUCUGUCCUACAUGUGGCUUUGGACAGCGUCUCCAGAGAGGCUGUCACCCUGAUGUCUUCGCUUCAAGGAGAUUAUUGACUUCGUGUCCUUCCCUGAGAGGAAGUGCGUAAAACUUUGUGCACCGCAGACAGACACAAGCUUUGGCACAUUUUGGGUAUCAGCAUAAUGCUGAUUUGCUAACCAGAGAGCCGUAAAGACCCUGAUCCAGCUGAUCCGCUCCACUUCGCGGCGAUGCCGGGCCUGAUUUUCUGCUGCACGCACAGUUCAUGCAGCACCGUGAUCACACAGUGUGUUUAUGUGUAAAUAUUAUCCCAUAGCCUCGUCAUGGCUGCAGCACAGGUGAUUUAAUAUGACACUCUUUUUUAAAAAGGUGGAAAGUAGGAACUGGUUCCUUCAUAAUCACUUAAAUCUUUUACUAAAGCUUCAUAGGUUUAUAGGACUGUCACAAAUUAAUUCAACCACAGCACUUAUCAGUGAUGCCCAUCCAUCAGUGUUCAGAAAUCCUUCAGUACAGUGACUCUACUAGAAAUGCAUUAUAUGGACAAAAAUAUUUGGACAUCUUUAUUAAUGAAUCCAGGUGUGGUGUGGGGCUGCUCCUCAGGGUUUGGGCUCGGCCCCUGACUCCCAGUGAAGGGACAUCUUAAUGCUUCAGCAUACCAAGACAUUUUGGACAAUGCUAUGCUUCCAUGUAAUGGUCAGGUGCCCCAAUACUUUUGUCCAUAUAGUGUAUAUAGGCCCCAUUGUAGUCUCUGAAGUUUAUAUCAUGGCUUCCUUUCUUUAAUCUUCCUGAAAACCUCAUCCUGAAGCAAUGCCAAUGAGCCACAAAUCCUCACAUGUAGCUCUUCCUGUCUCAGGUUACGUUCACUCCGCAGGCAGAAGUCACCCGAGUCUGAUGCUCAUAUGUGACUUGUGGCAGUGAGCAGCAGAAAUCACCUGGAAUCUGAUCUUCUUGGUUCUAAUGUUGGCCACUCGUAUACGUGUUAAAACUGAUCCGAUUCCUGCUGAUGUGACGGCUACGUGACUGCGCCCACACUGAGCGUGCUCACAUCGCUGUUACGUCAUCGCUCAUCACCUGUCACCAGCGGUGGACGAAGCCAAACAGCGGCGAGGGCCCCGGAGAUGGACGAGGAUAAAGUAGGCAGCCAAACGAGGUCACACAGUUGAAUUUCCUCCACUCGUUUCUGGCUGCUCAGCUGCUCGGAGCCCUCAGCCUUGUUGUUGAGGCAGCAGCUUUUCACAAAGUCACAAGUCAAACCCAGGAUAAUCAGACACUCGGCUUCUCAGAGGCUUUAAUGUCGGCUUUGCUAGUUUCCUGCUCUGUUUUAAGUGAUUGCUCAUAGACUCUUAAAUGUGUGUUGAGGGUGAACAGGUCAUUAAUGUUUGGAUUUUUCACUUUUUCCCACAUUCCAGUUGGAAUUUUGAAUAACAAGCCCUCACAGAUGAGAUAGAAGCUAUAAAUAAGAACCUUUAGCUGGUGCUUAAAGAGCUACUUAAAGCAUCAGUAAAUAAACUCCCUAAAACUGGUUCCUAAUUACAAAGUGGUGUCCCAGUGUCCCUGACUAUUGCUGGAAAAGGAUUUACAAGCAAACAGAAAAUGGGAUGGUGUGUUGACAUGACUCAUCAUUCAAGCUAAUGUUGGCACAUCUGAUUAGAGCUAGUCUGGAUUAGAGCUAAUGCCUUGGACACAUAACUCCCAAAGUCAGUCGUCUGCAGAUGUGCCCACAAGCACCACCCUCUGUGUGCCUUUAAGACACUGCAGGUAGCUGGAGGCCACAGAGGCCACAUUCGAUCCUGUCGCUGUGUGUCCACAUCUGGCGUCGAAAACUCCCCGGCGUGAUCAGAUGACAUCCAGCGACUGAACGUGCGAUGAGUUGAGCCGUAGCCGUGACCGUCCAGACAGGCUGUGGGCUGAUCCGCUGGAACAACAUCCUGCUCCCAAAGACGGACGAGAUGUUCCAGAUCCCAGCUGCGAAGUGGGAGUCGAGUCCAGGUGCUGUCUGACACAUCGGGGGAACGGGAUACCAUGGACAGAAGGGAGGAGGCCUCUGACUGGUCUGUGGCUGCAGUUGCUUCUUUAUAUUAAAACGUGGAAUAAAUGAGUGAAGAGACAUGACAAAUGCAGACGCUGGCACACAAGAAACGAGGACUCGCCAAAUGGUUUGAUGAGUCUGAAAAUGCUGGACCAAAGUCCAGUAAUUUGUCACCCAUGGUAGCUUGGAACAGACAUGACCAUAAGUGCAGAUCAGAUGCCUGAGACUGUUCAGCACAGGAAGCACUUAAAUAACCUGGGGUCUAAUGGUGGCAGCCUUGGGAAAGUGGCUCACUGGGCCUUGAGGAUUUUAGUUUGGUUUUGUUUCUCUGCACUUUGUUUUGCUAACGUGAGUUUUUUAUGGUUGUGGUGAUUUUCACAGGGCUGGAUCAUGAACUGGGAACAGCAACACCCACCACAUGGCAGUUAUUUUGUGGUCAUUUGAUUAAAGGUGCAGUAUGUAGAAUUUGGGGGACAGAAAAGGCUUCUUGCCAUGUUUCUACAGUAGCCCUGAUUGGACAAACCAAACAAAGGUUCCAGAGACGAGGAGGAGGAUUCGAUUGGUUAACCUAACCACUAGAUGCCACACAUUGAACCUUUGAUAUUUCAGUUGCUGUUAUGCUUGCAUGGUGAUUGCUGCACAGAAAUGUUCAUUUGCUUCAUUCGGAGUUGGAAAAACUGGAUCGGAGCACAUCCGGCUCGACUGGGGUCCCCCAAACGGUUGAUCCAGCCCUGGGUUAGUGUCUGAAAAGACGUCUGCUCACUUUAAAACCAGGCCAUGUUUGGUGAACAUGUGAGUUUACAUAAUCUGCUCCCCCAACAGCAUUUUUGAAGUACAAGUACAACAUGUGGCAGGUCUCGUCGAACUUGUAGGAAUCCAGUACAGUCUGAGUCAAUGAAGUCCUGUGGGGGAAGGAGAAAGCAAAUAGGACGAAUUCCUGCCUCAGGGAUCAAUAGAGCAUCAUAAUAAAAACAAGAUGUACUGUGGCAGCUGGCGGGAAACAAUCCAGAGAAUCCAGGGUGCACCACAGCUGGAUGAUGCGAUUGUGUCUUUGAGUGUUGCGCUGCUUUGUCGAGGAUAUUCAAAUAGCGAAAGCCUUCUGCCGUCAGUAUUUGAAGGCAAAAAGGACAGAAGAAUGUAUAAGAAAGCAGAGCGGUGGAGGACGAGGACACAGUAGGCUCACUGUUAUGAAGGCUGCAGUCUGCUGCUGCGUUUUUCCAGCUGGCCUCAUUGAGUGCAGAUGGCCUAAUAAAACAAGUUGUUUUGAAACAGGUUAAAAUGGGCGCCCGAUGAACAAGAGUCCCAGGGCGAGGAUCCUCUCUGACCAGCCAACAAAUCUCACUGUGUUUGGACCAAAACGCUGUGACGCCUUGAACGAGUUGGACAGUUGUGAGCCCACUCGAAGCCAAGUUGGCCAGGCUCCGUGAGGGACGAGAGGGAAGCGAAAGCGAAAUGUUCUCAGAACCGCGACGACACUCGGUCGCUAUACAGCUGUUUGUCAGGAGUCGGCCCCAAUCUUCAACUUCCUGGAUGGUUUGUGUUCUCGUUUCUGGGUGCCGUUCGCAGUCACGUUAAGCAAGUGAGGGGGGAGUUGGAGGACAGUUUGAUGACGUUUUUGUUAAAAAGCUGCAGCAGCUCUUCUUCUCUCUCUGGCUCCAGCUCUCAUCCUGAGAGAGACUUUUGUUGAAGCUGCUCUCACAAACACAAACCGCAGCCAACACUUCUGUUCCGUGUGUGUGUGUGUGUGAGGACAUGGGUGUGUCGUGUGUGUGUGGAUGCAUUCGCCUCCCUUUGACCGUCUCCUUGGCGACAGGAGGUACGAUUGUUGUGUGUACUUCACUUCUGCUCUGAUUGCGUGCGAGCAAACGGUUGAUUUACUGUCUUGUAUCUCUGAAUGGACGCAGAGCGCGGCCCCACACUGUACCUCCUGUCAGGUCCGAGUGUGUGGACAACAUCUGCAGCCAUCUGUAGGCUUUGAGGAACAGGCCUUCAUCAGUAGCACAGUGAAGGGACUUUGCUCCGUCUUCAGCUCCUCUUUGGUUUGGUUUGGACUCUUUCUGCCCUGAGACUGUCGGGCAGGGCUGCAUCUGGCACUGAAAGCACUUUUCUUUCUUCUUUCUGUCUGUAACACACGGCGUCUUUGCCCAGAAAACACUCACGCCCCUUUAGAGGCUCUUUGUUUGUUGAAUGGAAACACAUUUCGUUAUGCAACCAGGCCUCGUGUAAUUUGUGAGUGCCAUCUGGUUUAGAGAGCACAGCCUGAGCAGGCAGAGUUAAUGCGCUGUGUUUAGAUUAAAGGGUUUGUGCUGAAAUCUUCUUUCUCGGCGCCUUCCUCACACCUUCUGGUUGCCUUUAAGCCAGCGCUCAGGGCCCGGCACAGGAACGGAUGCGGGAGCUCAUUCGCCCGAAUCGCUGGUGGAAAGUUACCGAGCCUUUUGUGCAGCCAGAAGCACUUUCCUCUCGUCAGUCCCGUCUGGCGAAACGGGGUGAUCACACACCUCCGCAGGUCGCCUUUUAAUGGUUGUCAUCACGCAGUCCUGAAAACGUCUGGAACUUUGCACCACAAAAUGGGUGAAAAUGAGCUCACUGGGUGUUUGGGGUUUGACGUCACCCUCUGCCUCCCCUCUUCUCCCCUCCUGAUCCUCAUCACAGCACCUUAAGCAUUUGCACCAGAGAGUGUAAUUAUUCCUGUUAUGAUUGUGCGUGGCCCUCGGCGAGCUGCGUCUUCACAGCGUUCGACUUGUGUGGCGACUGAUGGGUGAAUCGUGUGCUGUCGAAGGAACAGAUUGUGUAUUUGGCGGGUUUGAUUUGUAUAUAAUUUGGCUUAUUUAAGCAGAUUCCUGGAGUUCAUUUGUUUAUCGUGCGGAGACGACGUGGACCGAUUCUUUUGUCCACAGACUUUGUUCCUCUGUGUAGUCUGAGAUAAUAAAAGAGUUUUCAAAGCAAGUGAUCAUAUUGUGUUUUAGGUUCUUGUUUCUUUCCUCAGUUUGUCUCCACGGUUGCUGCUGCUUGUCCCGUUCAAACAGCAUCUUCAGUGUCGUUAGAAACCAUAAAACCAGUUUGUUAAGACCUGUGCCUUGUUUUUGCACUCCUGUCCUAAACGGGAAAAUGUCGUCUGUAUUUUAUGGACUGGUUUCUCAGUAACAUAUAGCCAAAGUCAGGAUCUGCCUAACCAAAGUGCUCGUGUUGCCUAAACCUGCCCACAGACAGGAACCAAAUCCUGGAUUCUGGUGCGACAGUCCUGGACUUUGUAUGCCCGACAUCCGCCCGCACCACCUCCCUGUGACUCCGGCGUGGCAUGUAAACGUCAGCCUAACCACCAGGAGAAAAGCUGGCGCUGAACGUUUCUGCAAAGCAGAGAUUAUGAUGAGACUUUCCCCAGAGCGUAAGGUCCGGUCGGGUUUAGGCAAUGAAAGCACUUGGUGAUGGGUAGGAAAAGAUCACGUUCUGCUUUAAAAGACCUCGUUUUGUUGCUCCAAACCCGUUUGGAAACUCUCCUAGCAUCUUGUUGAAAAUGUCUUUGGGAGUUUUUGAUGGUCCGUGAUACCGCGUCGUCUUGCUUCAGGAGCGUGACAGGACGAGAAACGUGACCAGCCGGACCGUUGGCCGAGAUUUUAAUGUUCCAGUAAAGCACCGUGUAAAAACCAAUAUCCUGCCCAAUAAGUACUUCAAGUACACUUUGCUGGUAAUACUUUCAACACGGCAUCAUCUGUUUCCCAUUAGUCUUUGCUGUAGUUGCUUUACACCGCAGGAAGUGUUGCCAUUGAGAUCUGUGGUCAUGAGACACGAGUUGACUGACUGACUGUAGGAGCAACACUUCAGAAGGAUGUGAGUUCGUCUUUAAUGCUGUUGGCUAAACCUGUCAAAAUAACAUUUAUCAGAAACAACGUGCAGUAAACUCAUAGUCAUUAGUGAAGAAAGUUCUGUGUAUUUAUCAUCCUGUGAGUAGGAUGACAUCAACAAGAGCAGCAAUGCUCCUUUAAGAGUCGGAGGCUCCAUCAGGAUUUUAUUGCAGCUGUAAUAAAUGCAUAAUUUGAAUAUUAAAAGAGGCACACGUGA